UCAACAUAUUUUCAUCAGACGAAGAAUGUCGUCUGUCAAACGUUUGCUAGCCUGCUAAUACUAACUGAGUUAUCAACAGUAACGCUUACGCUAAAUGUUGUUCCUGCGGAACUGUAACAAUAAUGGAGCUGGUGUGGGAGGACCUUCCAGUUCCUGACACUCCAUUCUUUACUAGAGAUCUCUAUGACAAAUAUUGCCUUGCACCUAAUAUCAGAGAACUAUGGGCCUUUCUCCAAAGUCCUAUUAAGAAUGCCAACAUAAAACAGGGGUGUGAUGUUGGGGCUGCGAAAGCCUCCUGCUCUGCUUUGACUAAAGACACUGCAGAGUUAAAAGACAACAGUUGCAUCAGCAAGGAAGAGUCCUGCUGGGACAGCUGUGAUAGUGAUGAUUCGCAUGCCAACAGUGCUGAGGAAGGUGAAGAAAAACGUACAAAUACGAAGAAAUCAAAAGUGAAGCUGAAGCAGGUUGAGAAUGAGGCAGAGGUUGCUUACCCUGAGCCCAGAUUGCCGUUCCCCUGUAUGUCCACCCUGUCCAGCAAAGACCAGAGCAUAUAUCUUGGCGUUUUAAUGAGUAAGAAGACCAGGAAACCUCCACAGAGUUUAAAAGCACGAGUGGACAAUGAAGUGAUGCAGUUCAUGAGGUACCUGCAAGAUGUGGCCAGAAUAUGUGCUGACGACUACAACUUCAUAUCACAGGGGGCUCUGCAGUAUUCAGAGGAUUUCUUCAGGGGCUGUUUGGAGUGCAUUAAGAUGUUUCCUCAGCUCUACCAAAUCAAUGAGAUGACAAGUUUGACAGGGGGAACAUUCAACCCAGGACUGACACUGACCUUUGAAAAACAGCUGCUAAUCAUGGGCAAUGUGGAUAUUACAGACCACAAGAUAGUGCCUGCUGAUGCACAGCUUGCAUCGGAUUAUCAGAGUGUUUCAUCAGAGAAUCCUCCAGCUAAAAAAGCUAAGGACAUGCAUGCUACAAUCAGCGGUGAUAGCAAUGCAGAGAAGCUGUGUGCCCGUUAUGAGCCUCAUGUGUGUCUGACUCACGAUGCUCUGGUCAGGCUGCUGGACAACCAUGGUCCUGACUUUGGGGAGCAAUGGGAACUGCCUGUUUGGAUCAAAUUGAAUGCAGAAAAAGGUACUAAUCAGAAGAAGACUGUGUACAUAGACUCACCCCUUCUGAAGACUGAGAUGACAGUAAGAGAGAGGAGUCGUUUCUAUCACGAGGAGAGUUUGAAGCUCUCCAUCAAGAAGAAUGGAAGUAAAAAUGUGUUCCAUUUAAUGACGGAGCUUCCUGCGAAUGAGCAGCAACUCUCUCCGGAGAACUCACAAAGAAAUUUAGUGUCAUUCGAAGACAACAGUCUUGACUUUGAGGUUGACCUUACUGACCUGGAGACAUUUGGAGAGACGACACCCAUUAAAGCCUCCAAGAUGCUAAAAAAACAGAAUGAGCAGGAUGCAUGUGUCAAACCUAAAAAGGUUACAAGUGCCUUGUCUUUAAGUACAAAUAAAAGGUCCAGUGAGCGUCUUGCAAAUACUAGCAGCAGUUCACUAGAAGAGAUGGACACCUCAUUGACAGUUAUGGAUGAUACCAUGACAAAGCAGACAGCUCAGCUGGUUCUGGGUGAGUCCAGUGUGCCAAAGACUGAGCGAGUGAGGCAGGACACUGUGCAGGAAAGUGACAAAGACCUAGCUUUUACAGGAGACUCUGAUGAUGAGAAGCUGGUCAUUGAUGACUCUAUGUCUACAUCUGCAACAGCUGCAACACCACCUAAACCUAAGACCACACCAAGCUGUUCUGUCCCCCCUGUUACUCCAGUCUCUGAGACUGUCCCUGUAACUUCAGAGUCCUCUUCCCCUCAAAAAGUUACUAGGCGGACGCAGCAAUCCAAAAAAGUAAAGACUGGCGACCAACUGGGAGAGAUCCUGCGUAUGCAGACAGCAAUGUUCACCUCUGCCAGCGACACAAACAAAUGCCCCACCACAACCCAGGAAACCGGCUCACCCAGUCAAUGCAUGGGGCCCUCAGUUUACUCGCAUCCAACAUCUUUGGUUAAGCCCUGCGUGUCUUCAUAUUUGGAGAGAAACCAGAACCAGAACGGGGAAAUCUGCACUGCUCCCCAUAAGUCUGCACCAGUAGUCAACGUCAGCACAACAGUGCACAAAAAGUUACUCUCACAAGACCUGCAGGCUGGAGCGGAAGAUGAACAAGAUUACAAGGCUCCAGAGGAGGGCAACCUGCUCUACAAGCUCUACAGUCUGCAAGAUUUGCUGGUCAUGGUGCGCAGCUCUGUCUCACUGAUGCAUUCAAGAAAUGUAGGCGGCAUCCAAAACCAGUAUGUGCCAGUGCAUGUCUUGCCCAAGAUGGAGUACCAGUUGAAUUAUGGUGUUGAGUGUCUGACCAGCAGUGAGGCUUGCCAACUGUGGACAGAGACAUUGCUCCACUCCAGCACAGUUUCAUACAUAGCUCACAUCAAUGCACACACAUCAAAAGUAGCUCUGCUGAGAAAACUGCCUGAUGACUGGAAACAGAACAUCUCCUGUGGGUUCAAGCCUUCCAAGUCACUGAAUAUACUGCACCACCUACUGAAAAAGCUGACUGGGUUAGAUGAAGGACGGUACCUGAUCGUGCACAAAGCAGGGGAACCAUUUGUGACCUUAUUAAAAGCAGCUACUGGGAAAGUGAGUCGGGGGACAUGCAACCUGCAGCAGCUCCACAGCUCUGUCCCACAGCCCCCAGCCUCUGGACUCAUACCCUGGAUACCUGUUGAUCCAGCAGUAGUCCUACCGUUCCACCAAGCACAUGGCCGGGUCCCCUGCACCUUCCCACCAAAGCCCUUCCUGAGGGCAGCGAGAGAUGGGUCAUCACAGUCUAGUCACAGUGGAGCUGGACAGUCAAACAAAAACACAAAUGCAGGAGGCAAAAAGAAGAAGAAGAAGAAACCAACAAAACGUGCAGCAAAGCGUAACAAGUAUAUUAAAAAGCUAAUUCAGAAGUCCAUUUAAAAUCCCUUAUCAUAGGAUUUAAUAUCAUGUCGUUCAUAUCAUAUCAUAGGUUAGGUAAAUCAGAGGAAGACCUGGACCUGUUGUACUGAGGGAAGGAAAGGAAACCAUUGGAAAUACAUUACGACCUUAAAUAUAGAUGUGAAUGGUGAAGCACUUUUUACAGUAUAGAAUCCUUACUUUAUAUUUUAAUUUUGUUUAGAGACAUUUUGUCAUGUAUAUUUUGUAAUAUUUUGUAAAAACAGAGCACAAUAAACAUCAAGGCGCUGA